AUGCUGGUUUCACAUCAUUUCAUGUUCAACACAACAGCAAUGAUCAAAGUAAUUCGUUACUCAACUCAUCAUUUGAAAGAAAUUCCUGAUGGAAAUCAAACAAAAUAUCUCAACGGUGCACCUUCAAAAGCAGAACUGAUGAAUUUAAUGGAGUUAAUAUUUUCAAAGGAGCUCUCAAAUUUGACUAAUAUGACUUCAGAUGAAAAUAAACCUUCAUUUAUAAAGCGUAAUUACCUACUCGUAUAUAAAAUUGCAACAUUAAUUAUGACUGGAACUUCUCGGAAACUGAUACAUCAGGCUGAACAAUAA